AUCAGAUCUGGGCCUGUAUAAAUAUUACAUUGUUUCGUUGCCGACCGAUUACACCGGGAGGACCCAGUGAACCUCGAGUAGUCUUCGGACAAGACGUCAUGGCUAACUUUACCGCUCUCCUCCUGACCCUCGCGGUUUUCGCCGCCGCCGCCGUCGUCGUUCAGGGCAAGCCCAGGCCGUCGUACAAUUCGAACUCGAAUUCCAACAGCAUGGGACGUCGCGACACCUCCAAGGACCCCAACGCGGUUGAUUUCAGGAACGUGCGCAGCGACACCAGCAGCAGCAUCAGCCCAGCGUAUCGGGACGCGGAGGAUCCCACCACCCCGGCAACGGACGCGGCUCAGGCCCGCGACAAAACCGCGUCCGACGAACCGAGUCCUCCGGCUCUUCGUCACAGACAAGCGCGUUUGGCUGGAAAAGCGGCGAGGGCCAUAAUCAACGCCCUUACCGACGAACUCGGUGACACGGCGGCGUCGGCGGUGGCAACCGCCGUUCACCGCGUCGUGGAAGCUGCGGAAAAUGGCACGGCAAGGAGGAAUUACAACGUGAACAGCAAUUCGAAUUUGCUUGGGGGAGUGAAACCGGGUGACAAUUUCGAGAGGGGACGCAGAUCGAGGAAACAGUCGCAGCGCGACGACGCCGCGCCAACGGAGGCCAGCGAGGCGGCGCGCGACGUCGAGUACCCCGGGCUCGGCGACUUCGGCUUACCGGACAUAUCGGACCUGCCGGAUUUCCCGAACACACCGGAUCUGGAGACACCCGACGCGCCCUUCCUGGGUAGCGACGAGUUCCAGACGGACGACAGUUUGGACGAGGACGACGGGGUGGACCCGAGGGGCCACGGGAACGUCAACUUCAAUUCGAACACCAAUCAUUUCCUGCCGAGAACACGGAGAUACGGGAGAUCCGGACGACCGGCCGCUCGUCGCGGGGCCUACAACAUCAACACGAAUUCGAACAGCUACAGAAGACGAGCGCUCUACGACGAGGACGACGAUUACACCCCGGUACCACCGACGCCUUCGAAAACGCGCGGGAAGAAAAAUUCACCCCUGGGAAGUUACAACUCCAAUUCUAACACCAAUACUUUUCGCAGAGCCACUUACAACUCGAACGCCAAUUCGAACACCUUCUCGCGCAGGUGGCACGGAUAGACGAUGAUACCGUGCGAAAAGCUGGCAUGAAUAAAACUGCAGAUUUUCCAUUGUCCACGCGCCGUACCAUCCCUUCCUAUUGAAGCCACUGUAUAUGGGAAUUUAUUAAAUGUAAAAAAAAAAAAAAAAA